AUGUUCCUAAAAGAAAUAUUAUCUAACAAGAAGAAACUUGAGGACGACGAGAGAAUGACACUUAAUACAGAGUGUAGUGCUAUCAUUCAAAAUAACAUGCCACCUAAACUAAAAGAUUCUGGCAGUGUUUCUCUACCCUGUGUGAUAGGGAAGUUUGUAAUAGACAAAGACCUCUGCGAUUUAGGAGCUAGUGUGAGUUUGAUGCCCCAUUCUAUUUGCGAAAGACUCAAAUUUGGAGAUUUAAGACCAACACGAAUGUCUCUCCAACUAGCAAAUCAUUCUGUUAAGUAUCACAUAGGAAUGCAAGAGAACAUUCUCGUCCAAGUCGGUCAAUUCUUUAUCCCUACCGAUUUCAUAAUAAUGGGCAUCAAAGAAGAUUAUAACAUCCCAAUUAUUUUAGGAAGACCCUUCUUAGCCACUGUUGGUUCUAUUUUAGAUAUCAAACAAUGA